UCAAGCGAACAUUGAGUGCGACUGAGGCGAGACAGCAGGAGGCGGCGACGGGCAGAGAUGGCCGGCGGUGGCGCGGCCGCGUCGGCGCUGUCGAGCCCGUGGAGGGCGCUGCUGCAGCGAGCGCUGGACGCCAACGCGCACCUCAAGCACUCCACCUUCUUCCAGCUCGCCACGGUGGGCGGCGGCGGCAGGCCGGCGAAUCGCACCGUCGUGUUCAGGGGCUUCCAAGAACACUGCGACAAGAUUCAGAUUAAUACAGAUGCGCGGAGCAACAAGAUUGGGGAGAUCAAGGAAUGGCCCCUCGGCGAGAUAUGCUGGUAUUUCACCGAUUCAUGGGAGCAAUUACGAAUCAGCGGUAUCAUAGAUGUGAUCGAUGGUUCCAGUCCCGAUCCCGCCAAGCUCCAGCAACGAGAGAAAGCUUGGUUCGCCAGUUCAGUAAAGUCAAGAUUGCAAUACUUAGGACCAUCUCCAGGGAUCCCCGUCGCAAAUGAUGACCACGUUACGGAUGUUCAUCUCGAUCCAUCAGCUGGUCCAGUUGAUACCUAUUGCCUUCUGACUCUUGAUCCAGAAAAUGUUAGGUUGAUUACGUGAACCUGAAAAGUAAUCAGAGGUUGAUGUUCACAAGAACCCAGGAAGGAGAUGAGUCCAGUGAUUGGAUGGCCAGAAAAGUUAGCCCAUAACAAUCUUUUGUUACAGAGGGUGAACAUAAGGGCGUUAUUAGCUAGUACAACUGAUUUUAUUGUGGAUUUUCCAUUGCAAGGAACUGGCUUCAUUCCUCAAUAUCUUUUCUAGCCUGUCAGAAUGCAUGUUUGGCAGAGCACCCAUUGAUUACUUGUACUAGAGAGUUGAGCUGUGUGCUUUUCCUGCAUUACAGUCCUCUGUGAACAUACAUGAUAUCUCUAAGUAAGGCCAGGAGAUACAUCGAAUCAUCUA